AUGGCAACGAACUCGAAGUUGGCUCGCGUCGAGCAACUGUCGGCUAGCAAACCGCCGUUCCUAACGGCGGGUGAGCUCACCCCGGAGGCCUUGCGAUCGUGGGAGUUGGGCUGCACGCAGUUCUUUUUGCAUAAAGAGGUAAAGGAAGGUGAGAUGGUAAAGAAGGUCGCGUGGGGCAUGCAAGACCCUGUAAUGCAGGAUUGGUACAGCAAUAAUCAAGUACACUUGGACAAACUCACGUUCAAGGACUACAUGGCGGAAGUACGUAGCUACUGGCUCCCCUCGGGCUGGGCGGAUACUGUCCGACGGAAGAUGCUAUCUUCAACACAAGGCCAGCGUCCGUUUCACGAGUGGGCGUCGGAAUUUCAAAGCCGCAACACCUUACUGCGAGGUACCACCUCACACCUUGCGGAUGCAAACAUCCUGUACCACUUGGAGUCGCACAUGAACCCAGAGCUCGCUGCGGAUUACCAAGCCGAACAGAUCUCGGAGACCGACCUUAGAAAAUGGAUCGAAAAGGUGCGGCUACUUGACGAAAGACGCUUACGCUACCUCGUCAGGCAAAGAGACGCUGUAGAUGCUGCCUUGCGGGCAGAACGUGCACGCUCUGGAGGCGAAAAGAAGUUCACCGCGGGCACACGUUACAACGCAAGAGCUGGACAGACUGCCACAUCGACCACCUCUUCGUCCAAAACCUUCACUCGUCUACCUACCCUGACUGACAACGAGCGACAACUCCUGCGAGAUAAUGAUGGGUGUUUCAAAUGCCGGGAGCCUUUCGCCGGACAUUCGUCGAGCAACUGCUCAAAAGGAUUCCCGGACGGGAGCUCUUACAAGACCUUAACGGCCGCUAUGAUCGCUUCAAAGAAGUCGAAAAAAGGUAGUGGGAUGGUCGCCGCUGUAGACGUUGAUGAGGACCACACUGUGGCGGUGGUGAUGCCUUCGGCUGUCCUGGGCGAUGGUACUGACUCAGAGGAGUGCGUGGCUCCCUUGCAGACUCCUCACUUGCGUUGGGAUUGUCUUGUGACUGGGCCUGCCGUUUCUUCUUCUGUCCGUGUAUCAGCCCUUAUUGACCAUGGAUCUUCCUUAGUUCUGGUUGACGAAGCCCUCAGUCACAAGCUCGGAUUGCGGCUACGAAAACUGCCCAAACAACUAUCAAUAUCCCUCGCACUAUCAAAAACGCAAAAACAAUCUUUCAUUCUUUCGCAUUUCGUCAAAAUUUCAUGUUCUUCUCUCGAUAACGCUUAUACCUCUAGAACUGUUCGCGCAAUUGUGGCUCCAAAUCUUUGUACACCUCUGUUACUUGGAGGUCCCUUUUUGCAGCAUAAUCGGAUUGUAAUUGACCACGAACUGCGCAUGUGCAUCGCAAAGGACGCAGGAUAUGAUCUGCUGCACCCGCAGUCACCUGCACCUCACAUCAAGAAAGCAGGCUGCGAAACAGUUCGGGGUGUUGACAUUGUUGCUGCAGUUCAAAAUCGCAUCAACAACCUCGAACAGCAAACCUUACUCGACGCGAAAGACAGUGCCAUGAAGAUGGAAUUCAAGGACCAUUUUCCGACAGACAUCCCGCACAACGACUCGCUGCCUUCGGACGUUCUCUUUAGAGUUCAAUUAAAGGACGCUAACCAAAUUGUUCAGAAGCGCUCGUAUGACUGUCCGAAGAAGUACCGUGCCGCAUGGAAGGUA